UUUUGAUGGAGAAAGCGUUCCAAAAAAAAAAAAACAAAAAAAACAAAAACAGGAAAAGAAGGCUAGGAGAUGUUAUUGACAAGACUCGCCUCCUGUACUGUCCACUGGCUCUUUACCAUGGCCUCGAAACCUAAACCUCAUCUUCUCCAUAAAGUUGCAGGGGGGGCGGCGGCGUUACAGAGCUCAGCGAAGAGAGCGAGGACAAUGAGCAGCACUUCAGAGUCUUCUUCUUCCUCCUUUAAGGACGCGUUUGGAAAUUACGCUAAUUAUCUCAAUAACCUUAAUGAUAAACGCGAAAGAGUGGUAAAAGCGAGCCGGGAUAUCACCAUGAACAGCAAAAAGGUCAUAUUUCAAGUUCAUAGAAUCAGUAAGGACAACAGAGAUGAAGUUCUUGACAAGGCAGAAAAGGAUUUAGCUUCUGUGACAGAGCAAUAUAUGUUCAAGUUGGUGAAAGAACUGCAAGGGACGGAUUUCUGGAAGCUAAGACGAGCGUACUCUCCUGGGGUACAGGAAUACGUUGAAGCCGCAACAUUCUGUAAAUUCUGCAGAACUGGGACUCUUUUAAAUCUGGAUGAAAUAAAUGCUACUCUGUUGCCGCUAAGUGAACCAUCUGUUGAGCCUUUGCAAAUAAAUGUCCUUGACUAUUUGCUGGGGCUUGCAGAUUUGACUGGGGAGCUGAUGCGAUUGGCGAUUGGGCGAAUAUCAGAUGGUGAGCUUGAAUAUGCCAAGAAGAUAUGUGAGUUUGUUCGUGAUAUCUACAGGGAGCUGACCCUUAUUGUCCCAUAUAUGGAUGAUAGUUCUGACAUGAAAACAAAGAUGGAUACAAUGCUCCAAAGCGUGGUGAAAAUAGAAAACGCUUGCUUUGGUGUCCAUGUGAGAGGAUCUGAAUAUACCCCGCUGGUGGGAUCCAGUGAGCCAAGUUCUUUUUUGUUGAGGGUAUCUGAUGUCGAAAUAUAAAGUAUUUUCUUCUCUGAGAUACUUUUUUCUCUUUUUACUACCUACGGUACCUUUUUUUUGGUUAAUUUUAUGCUAGUUGCAUUAGAGUUUUCCCUGAGGCAGGGCAGUCUCUUUGUCCAGUAAUGCUUAGAAGAGAUGUGUUUUUUUUCCUUGCCAAUGGAAGUAUUUUGAAUCACUUAAGGGGGCAAGAUUUGUCCACAUGACUUCCUUCCCUGCCUUGCAAAUCGUCGUCCUAGGAAAUCUAGUUUGUUCAUAUGCUGCAAUAUUUGUGAUAGACAGUCAUGGUGUUGCAAAGAGGCAGACAUAAUUAGCUGGACCUUAAGGGAAAUAGUUCCUUGAAGAGUUUGAAAGGAGCUGCAAGUAAGUGUGCUACUAAUGGUUGAAUUUGAAGCAAUGAAAUCCUUCCAAAGAUCAAAUGACAGGAUGCUUGAAUGAGAAUUUUGAAACGCUCCCUUUCUGCUUAUCCCAGAGUUUGCCAAUUGUGUAAGAUCAUGUAAAUCUUGGUAAUUUUACAUUGUGAACUUGUAAAUCUUGGCAGGCAGCAGCUUUUCAAAUAGGAAGAGCUUGCCCUGGUUUACUUGUUAAA